AAACCAUUCGCAAGUUCAGUACUGAUGUUGUUGCUAGGCAACCGGCAUUCGGCAUAUAUAGGUGGACAUCUCUUCAUGCAUGCGGCAGAUGAAAUGCAGUUGUAGAGGGAAAAAUCCUGCAGUAGGAAUCACCUGUGCUCUGGAAGUUCAUCCUCUGAUUGAGUAUGUGCGAGUGGAUCUUUGGAUCCGAGCGGUUGGGUUGAAAUGCAUGUCGGAGACGUCGUCCUCCCUGUGUGCUGGAUUUAUAUAUGAAGACACUGGAUCUUACGGGUUGGUGCAGUGAGAGCGAAUCUAUAACUGACCUGGUUUUCAUACCAAGGCAGCAAAGCACAGAAGACAUCACUGUUGAUUAUUGGACGACAUCUAGAUUUAGGAUAUAUGCAGCAAUGACGGUUCAAGCAGAAAGCUGUAAUCUUUGACUCCCAUUAGAUGUAGUACAGCACUGCAAGAUUGCAGUCAUCUUCUCUGGUGUGUGAAUCUUUGGCUUGUAUCUCUCAGGUGAAUAUGGAGGUUGAAGGUUUUGUUCAGCUUUGAAGAUGUCAAGAUUCAAAGCUCUGUGUUUAGAUUACUGGCAGUUUCUGUGUCUGCAACCCAACAGUGCAUUUUUCAAAAGUGUGGAGGGCGACGUUCAAAGCACCGAGCCCGGCUCUGCUUUGGAUAGGAGCACAGAAUGUGGCCGUGGAUGGAUGAAACACAGUUCUUCACUGAGUCCAGACCAGUUUGACAGCUCAGUGUUUGCUCACAGUAACCAGACAGGUUCACAACGGCCUCAGCGACCCAAACUACAACACUCUCAAUCUAUUCUUCGCAAACAAGCAGAGAAGGAAGCCAUCAAACGCUCACGGUCUCUAUCUGAAAGCUAUGAGCUCUCCACUGAUCUUCAGGAUAAAAAGGUGGAAAUGCUUGAGCGCAAAUAUGGAGGCCGUUUCAUAACCCGCCACGCUGCUCGCACCAUUCAGACAGCAUUUCGCCAAUACCAAAUGAACAAGAACUUUGAACGCCUCAGGAGCUGUAUGUCAGAGAAUCGCAUGACCCGCAGGAUUCUUCUGUCCAACAUGAGGAUGCAGUUUUCAUUUGAUGGAUCUGAAAAGGCUCACAGCUCAUUUUUUGAAGGAAGGCAAAUGUCACUCAUGGACGAUAAGAGCCAAGUUGCAACCGUGUUGCCAACCGGAGAGAAGGUUCCUGUCAUUUUGGAAGUCCCGGAAACUCAAAGCGAUUUAACGGAUCCGAUCACAGAGCUAGAGGAUGCGUUCUCAAGGCAGGUGAAGUCACUGGCCGAGUCCAUCGACGAUGCGCUGAACUGCCGUAGUCUGUGUGAGGAGGAGAUCCGGCCUGAGCGAGCGGUUUGUCAGGAGAGAAUGCUGCGAGAAGACGAGCUCUCUCAUCCCCAUGAACACCACAAGCUGAAGGAGAUAUGUGAUGUAACGCUCUUCAUCGAUGAAGAGGAGCUUGCUCCACCUGCCUCUGCAGAGCAUCCAUCCAGCAUGGUGUCUGAGCAACACAACCAGUUUGUCAUCUCUUCACAAGACUACCGGUCCACCAAAGACCACAAACCGGAUACGGAUGAUAGCUGCCGGAGCGCUCCGACCGUCGAGCUCUGUACGAACCACUUACCGCUGCUAACCAUUGAGCCAACGUGCAAUAGCUCAGCGGAUACGAGCGAUCAUCCUAAAUACAACUCUGUCAACCAGCAGAGUGUUCAGGAACAGACAGCAGAAGGACCGCGCUCCAGUGCCGAACCCACCUCACGUGAACGUCCUCGAGACGAUCAGCCACUCGGACAGAAACAGCCAGAGAGCCACCUGGCCAACAACGGCAGCCGGCAGAACAAGUCAGAAUCCGACUUUUCUGAUGGAGAUAAUGACAGUAUAAACUCUAAUGACACAUUAAACACAUCCCGAGAACAGAGUCUGAACAAACAAACGUACCACAAAGACACUCGAAACAGCUGGGACUCUCCAGCAUUCAGCAGUGACAUCACUCGCAAGAGACAGUACCGCAUCGGGCUCACCCUCUUUAAUAAAAAGCCAGAGAAGGGCAUCCAGUACCUUACAGAGCGAGGUUUCGUUCCGGACACGCCCGUGGGUGUGGCUCAUUUCCUCUUACAGAGAAAGGGCUUGAGUCGACAGAUGGUUGGUGAAUUUCUUGGGAAUCGACAGAAACAAUUCAACAGAGAUGUCUUGGACUGUGUCGUGGAUGAAUUGGAUUUCUCAGGGAUGGAGUUGGAUGAAGCUCUGCGCAAAUUCCAGGCUCAGAUUCGGGUGCAGGGUGAGGCGCAAAAGGUGGAGCGUCUAAUCGAGGCGUUUAGCCAGCGUUACUGCAUCUGUAAUUCUGAUGUGGUCCGUCAGUUCAGGAACCCCGAUACCAUUUUCAUUCUGGCCUUCGCCAUCAUCCUCCUCAACACAGACAUGUACAGCCCUAAUGUCAAGCCGGAGCGUAAGAUGAAGCUGGAGGACUUUAUCAAGAAUCUAAGAGGAGUUGAUGAUGGAGAGGACAUCCCUCGCGAGAUGCUGCUGGGGAUUUAUGAACGGAUCCAAAAGAAAGAGCUGAAGACCAAUGAAGAUCACGUCUCUCAGGUUCAGAAGGUGGAGAAACUCAUCGUGGGCAAGAAGCCGAUUGGAUCACUGCACCAUGGCCUUGGAUGUGUCCUGUCUCAGGCUCAUCGUAGGCUGGUGUGUUACUGUCGACUCUUUGAAGUUCCAGAUCCAAACAGGCUGCAAAAACUCGGACAGCACCAGCGGGAAAUCUUCCUGUUCAAUGACCUUCUGGUGGUUACCAAGAUCUUCCAAAAGAAGAAAAACUCAGUGACGUACAGCUUCAGACAGUCCUUCUCUCUUUACGGGAUGCAAGUGUCGCUCUUUGAGAACCAGCUUUAUCCAAAUGGUAUCCGGCUCACUUCAGCCAUUCCAGGUGCAGACAUCAAAGUCCUGAUCCAUUUUAACGCUCCAAACUCUCAGGAUCGCAAGAAGUUCACCAGUGACCUGAGAGAGUCCAUCGCUGAGGUCCAAGAAAUGGAGAAAUACCGGAUAGAGUCUGAACUGGAGAAACAGAAGGGAUUGGUCAGACCCAGUAUGUCUCAAAGUAUGUCUGGAUUGAAGAAAGAGGCGAAUAAUGGGACCAUGAGCCGUACCAGUCUGGAUGACACGUAUGCCAUGGGGGAGGGGCUAAAACGGAGCACGCUCAGUAGCUCUCUCCGUGAUCUCUCUGAAGCAGGGCUUCAUCAUUAACAGUCGUCUGAUGGUCCAGAAAGAAGCAUUCGCCCAGGAGCACCCACCCCGACACACAAUUGCUCUUUCCUCAUCGGGUCACUUUUCAACAACAAACAGGUCAAGCAGUCGGUCAUGGGUAUGGUCAUGGGCAGUCCCACUCCACCCUUUAGCCUCCCAAACACAACAGUUAUUUAAUCUGUACACCCACCACUUAUAGCCGGCUCACUUAACCUCAAAUCCUUGAGUCCCUUAUUUAUACGUCACCCGUCUGCCUCAACACAGAUGUCUGCACGUGAACGCCAGAGAGUGCUCUUUUACAGUGUGACCAUAGAUUCAUGACAGUACACUUGUUAGUUCACCCCAAUUUCUGUUUUUAACACUUAUCAGUUUUUUCCUUUUACCAAACCCGAGACGUUUUGCAGAAUGUUGAUGCAAGAUUUUCUUUAAAGGGGUCAUGAAAUCUCAUUGUUCCACAGCAGUUGUACAGAAAUAUUUAGCUGACUGUGUAAUAUGAAGAUAGUUAAUUUGCAAAUAUGCACUUUAUAUUAUGUUUCUGGAGGUUAGCUUAUGUUGGUUUUAAACCAGAAAUGUUGAAAAAUAUUUUUUAAAAUGAUCAUCAUUUUACUGUGAUUCAGUGGCAGUUAACUCAUCCAGAAACUUUGAUGAAUGUUAACCUUAAAUACACAGAUAUUUAUUUAUUGCAGCAGGAUGUGUAAGGAAUAAUUGACGAUGGGCCGUUGAGUUAUUCGACGCUAAUGCACACCAGAGGUGGUAAUGCGGCACGACGGAAAGCGGCGUUACACUGCAAGUGUGCAUUAUUGUUGAAUUAUGUCAAUUAUUCCUCUUAUUCGACGUUUAUCACAGACAUUGCUCUGGUGGUUAUUUUAAGACAUUUGACAAUGUUACAUAAUUGUGCAUUUUACAGAAAAUAAUCGACACCCGUGUAACACCAAUUCUCAACCAAUUAGAAUAAAGCAUUCAACAGCCCCAUGGUAUUCAGCGUUCCCAUUCUCCAUACAAUAUAACUGUCGGUUGUGAAAUGUCAUGAACAAAUAAAACGAUUCUUUAUUAAUUGCUCCAGCACUUUGUUGUAAAUAAACUUCAGUCAAUACAUUUGUAAUGUUUUGUUUCUGUUGAAUGGGUGUGCUCAGUUUUGAUCACAACUCGAUGACUUGAGUUAAGAGCAAAACUCAUUAAUCUGUACUGUAUGUGUCUAGAGGACAGAAUCAUGACAAUCAGACUAAAAUGUGAAAGAGAGUUUGUUUUUAAGUAUAAAAUGAGUUGGUUUUUAUUGAAGAUUAAAGAGCACCAAUUAUGCCCAUUUUUACAAGAUGUUAUAUAAGUCUCAGGUGUGCUCAGAAUGUGUCUGUGAAGUUUUAGCUCAAAAUACACCACAGAUCAUUUGUUAUAGCAUGUCCGAAAUGCACCUAUUAGGAGGGAGCACAAAGCGUUUUUGUCUGUACCUUUAAAUGCAAAUGAGCUACAGCUCUUCAGUCCCUCAUGCUGCGUUUACACCAACCGCGUUUGAGGCGUCGAAAUCGUGUCUAGCGCGCCUAGUUUGCCGCUUGAACAGUUUGAAUUAAUUCGCGCGGAAAAAGCAAGCAUUUCACGCGUGUUAAAGGUCUUCAUGGAAGACCCGAGGACCCGACCCGUACGGGUUCGGGUCUAUGUUUUAAAUGAUCGUCCGGGUCGGGUCUCAAUCUAUUACUUCGGGUCCCGGGUCUGUUUCACGUCGUGGGUAAUACCCAAGUCGAACGGACUCGGAAAACACACUUACAUUUAAAAAAUAUUUCAAAAUCAGCAACAAAUACUUAGAUGAACUGUCGCAUACAUUUUUUUCUAUGACGCUCAAACUGCGUUGAAAAAAUUUAUAUUUGGUUGCUCCAACCAGGCAGCUAACGCGCAUGCGCUCUUUUAAUGUUUCUCUGGCUACCAGUCAGGAGCUUCUGCAGUGAGACGCAAUGACUUUACCUUUGACAAUUGGCUCUUUUAUUUAAAAGGCGGGACUUAUUCCGCCAUAUCGCACGUUUUGCACUGACUUCUCUAAUUUUUAUAAUACUAUUAUAAAUUGACCGUCUUGCUGUUAUAUCUAAGGUUUUCGUGCAGACUCUGCUCAAAAAACACAGAGAUGAUAGCAAAGUAAAGCUAACGAAAGCAGCCGGCACUGAACGAGCAAUCGUUAUUAUAAUCCAAAUGGGCAAACAGUCUAAAUUAUUAUGCAAGUUGACCCAAUAAACAACACAUGUAAAAACUGCGUUAUUCAUCACCGACUGUAAAGUGGACUUUUAAAGCUGGAAUAAGCAUUAAACAUUUCAAUCGUCAAGAGAGGAAUAACAUGGAUGGAACUUUCUUGGAAAUAAGGAUUGUGCAUCACAUCACACAGUCAGGUACAAGGAGGGAGAAGACUAACUUCUAUGGGUAAGACAAAAAGUUUAAUUUUUGCCACUUGUUUAUUAAUAACAUUUAGCUAAAGAAUAUUUGCCGGUCGGGUCUGUGUCUUCCCGGACAAGUUCGGGUCCAGCUUUUAAAUAAUAGACGGGUCCGGGUCGGUUCAGUCUUGUUACGGGUCUCUUCGGGGUUCGGGUAGGAAUUUUUGGACCCGUGAAGACCUCUAACGCGCAUCAGAGGCAAAAUCCGCUUCUUGUGGGAGUGGAAAGUGCUAUACGGUUGUCUGUUUGCAAGAUGACUGAUGUUGAUUGUGCAGUUAUGGAGAGAGUUUGUAUUUGGUAACCUUAAUAUAGGGGGGAAAAUAAACAGCGCGGGUCGAUAAACGUCAUGUGACUCAAAAGUGAAAUGUGUAUUUACAACUUACCAGGUUGCCCAAUGUCCUCACUGACACUCUUCCAAGCGAGGUCCUUUUUAUUCCUGUCUCUAUAGAAAUAAGAACUUGUGUCGUAUAGCUCCGGGUGACUGCUCACGGACAAUAUCAAGCGUUCCUUCAUGUUAAAAGAGUGAUUCCGGGCGGGGCUGCCCCACAGCAGCAAGCAAGCUCCUGAUUGGUUAACGCGGCACGAAAAUCUGCCAAAGUUCAAAUUUUUCAACUCGGACAUCAGCCGCAAAUUCGCGUCAAAUGAACUAGACGCGCAAAUUGCCUCAUUCGCGCCGUGAACACAUCCAGACGCGCGUUGACUUAAUAUUGAAAUCACUCGCGCUUGACGCCUCUACCACGGCUGGUGUAAACGCAGCAUUACACUCUCAGAAAUAAAUGUACAGAAGCUGUCGCUGGGACAGUACCCUUUCAAAAAUAUUAUUAUUUGAGUUACUUUUUUAAAAAAGUAAUGCAAGUUACUUUUCAGUAUCAUUAAUUCAAUGUGAAAAUAAAGUCAGAAAUGGAGAUGGCAGGCCAUAAAACACCUGCAAGGCCUGAAAGAGAUCAAGCCUCAGCCAAGUAAGAAAAGUAACGUAAGCAUUACUUUUCAUGGAAAGUAAUCAAGUAACGCAAUUAGUUACUUUUUUGGGGGGUAACUUAAUAUUGUAAUGCAUUACCUUUAAAAGUUACUUUCCCCAACACUGCUGUUCACACACUGCAAACACACAUUUAGGUCCAAACACCUUGUAAACGUGGAUUUUGCAUAAUAUGGGCCCUUUAACCUCUUUUUAUUUUUCAUUUCAUGACCCCUUCAAUUUUCCACUUUAUUCUCAACAUUCUAAUCUUAAAUUAUUUCAUAUUGUUCUUUUCAUGACUUGUAUCAAUCAUUUAAAAGAGAACUCAUUUGUUUAAAUGAUUUGCCUGAUGGUUUGUUGGUCCGUAAAUAAUUUUCCUGUGACUUUCUAUGCAAACUACAAUGAUUUAUAUUAUUGGGGUGAAAUAUGGUUUCAAAGAGAAUAAUCCAUACAAAGGUCACAUCAACCUACAAUAAGCUUCUAUUAGUAUUUGACAUCAAUCCAGACUAGAGAGAAAUGAGAUGUUCUUGAUUUAUUGUGGAUAAAGUCUAUACAUGUUGUCUUAGCAGUCAUAAACGAAGCAUCUCAAAUGUGCCAAUGACCACAUCUCUCAUAUGUAGAUACAUAUAUAAACUCAUAUGUAGAUGAGCUAUAAACUGUGUGCGUAGUAUUCUAGUACAGUACUGUAACUCAAAGCAUUAUAGACAAAAAGCGAUGUUAUAAAAUACUGUAAAAAUAUAUUCAGAGAUUUUUAAGAGGACUAUCUUGAUUUAGUGAAGAAUGUUCACUGAUUUGAUUCUGAAGCACAUUGAACCGCGUGAGGUCAUUAUAUGAAUUAUGAGACAUGCUUUCAUAUCACACUUUUAACCAGAUUAAAACUUCGUUUAAGGAUGUUAGAUGAUAAUAAUAUACUUGCACACCUUCAACUGAAGUUCAGAUGUUUUAAUGAAAAGGAUGAAGUCAUUGAACAGUUUUAUACACUUUUUCUUUGAAGAUAUGCACAGGACUUCAAUGGGCCAGUGACUGAAUUAUUUUUCUAUGUAUUUAUGAAUCAUUUACUUUCUUUAUUAGUGCAAUAUGUUUGUCAUCAACAUUAUUUUAUUAUAGUGGAUGUCUGGAUUCUCAUUGGACCAGUGUUUAUACUUUCAGUGGGAUUGGCUGUGAUUAGUUUAUGAUGUUCUUGAUAUAUUUAUUUAUGAUUGAUAAUAAAGCAGUGUUACCAUGACAAUAUAGUGCAAUCAUGUUCUGAAACACUUAUCUUUGUCACUUAAGGAAUAAGGAGAUUGUUUGUCAUUUAUAAAGAGUUUCAGGUGAAUAUUCAAUCAUAUCAUGCAGGUGUUUGAAUGUUUAGAGGAAUUAAGUUUUUAUAUCAUGAGGACAGAAAUUAUUCUUAUGAAAUGCACAGUGAAAUGUUUUUCUUAUAAUAAAACAGAUCCUGGGUGCUGAUUGGUCAACAGUGAACAUUUGUUAUUUACAAUAAAGCACAGAUGCACAGAGCUCCUCUUAUAGUAGCCAUAACAGAUUUUUCUGAAGAAGGAAAGGCAUUCAAACAUUUCAUCGUAAAAAAAAUAUUUAUAAGCAUUUGUGUCCUUUAUAUUUGUUAUUUAGUGACCACAGCUUUUUAAAAGCAAUGAUAUGUGAAUAUGAAAAUCUGGUGUCCAGUAGCAUCAUUCAGUCCUGACUAUAAAGCACAGCAUGUCUUUACUGUGUUUAUACCUUAAAUUUUCCAUUAACUUGCUCUGUCUUUGAAAUAACUUCACCAAACACUCUUUAACUCUCAUUGUUAAACCAGCUGCUCCAUCUAAACACUUCCUGAUUUUUAACAUUAUGUCCUGUUUUUAUCUCAUUGACAUUGUGAGUCAUUGUCUGAGAUUCAUUCUCAUGUAUUCAGCUUUAUCGUCUCUCUCUGAGUUUUCACAUACGUCUUGUCUUUCUCUUUGUCAUUUUCAGCAGUGUUAUGUGUAGUCAGUCUGUAGUUGCAGUUUUGUAUUGCGUUUUGUGUUACUGGUUGGAGUAAUGCAUGCAGAUUAUUUGACUCAUUCAUGUGAAAGAUGAAGGGAUUACGCUCUUUUCUGUCAAUGAAAGCAGGACUUGUAAAGAUGCAUUUGAUCUGGAAUAAAUCUAUUAGGGGACCAAGUGGGAAAAUCAUUGUGUAUAGACUAGUAUCGUGCUAAAUAAUAUCACGUAUAAUAUUUCUAUGAGAGAUGCGUUUCUGAAACACUGUUGAAAUAGUAUCUCUUAUGUAUAUUUGUCACUUCACUGGCUGCUAUACCUCUCUAUUCAAAUGAAUGCGGAAAGAUAUGAAAGGAGUUUAGAUCAGGGAAGAUAAUGCUUUUAAUUUGUAAUAUUUUGUUUAUAAUGCAUCUCAAUGUCAAUGUACAGUCAAUGUAAAACUCCAACUGUGAUGUUCAAAAACUCAAUAAAAUGAAUAUAUGACAUACACAA